AUGUCGGCGGCCGUGGAUGCGCAAGUUGUGCCUCUUGGAGGACAGCGGGUUCCCGAGGGUAUGGAAGACCAUGCUGACUGGCGUAACUUGCCUGUUGUCGACAAGAGUUCAGAACCCGGGAAUCUCGGUGCUGCGUAUGUGAAGGUUAUGCAGCUGCGAAGUGAACUGGGGGAGAUCAAGAAGUUGAUCACGGCUGUCGCGCCCGCCGUUAAGAGCCUGAUCUUUGAGAAAGACGCAGGUAACGAGGAACAAGCGUCAGCUUUCCAACAGCAGAUGGAGGAUCAACUUCAGGCGAUUGAGAAGCGCGUCGAAACCGUUGGAAACCAGUUGCCGGCCGAGGCCGUGGAGGGCGCUGCCGCAGACCGCGCCGAGGGGUGGCUGUCAGAGGCGACAGAGGAAAAAGUAGAGAUCCAGACGGAGAAGGCAGCUCAGUUGGCGCGAGACGUGGUUAAAGACAGCGCUGAGUUGUGCCGGACGUGCCUCGACGGCUCAUCUCCCAGUGCGAAGGACCGAUUCGGAGAUUUCAACCUGAAGCUCAACACCUACACUCGCAAGCUGUUCUCCGAACAGGGCAAACUAAUGGAUGUGAUGAAAACCAUCCGCAAAGAGAAAAACCAGCAGGCCCAACCCGCUCAGUGA